GUCUAGGUGGAGGAGGGAAGAGGAAUGGGCGCAGUAAGAAAUGGAAGGAGAUGUUGAAACUUCCCCACAUCAGUCUGUGUGAAGAGCUACGCCUCACCAUCGACAGGGACUAUACCAGUUUGUGUGAGAGACAGCCGAUUGGUCGAUUGCUGUUCCGUCAGUACUGUGACACCAGGCCAGAGCUCAAACGUUGCAUCGAGUUCAUGGACUCUGUGGCCCUCUACCAGCUCGCUCCGGAUGAGAAGAGGAAGGACUGUGGAAUCAGAAUGUUGGAAACGUACUUCAACAACGGGUCGGCAGCCCAUCUGAGAGAUAUACCUCAGGAGUUGGUAGGGGAGUGUCGUGAGAAGCUGGAACAGACGCCCUGCAAGGAACUCUUCAACGACUGCUGCAAUAUUGUUCGGGAGUACUUGAGUGGCGCUCCGUUCUCGUCCUACCAGGAGACGAUGUACUUCUCUCGCUUUCUGCAGUGGAAGUGGCUGGAGAGGCAACCAGUAACCAAAAAUACCUUCAGGCAUUACAGAGUACUAGGAAAAGGUGGAUUUGGUGAGGUGUGUGCCUGUCAGGUCCGGGCCACUGGUAAGAUGUACGCCUGUAAAAAGCUGGAGAAGAAGAGAGUGAAGAAGAGAAAAGGUGAAGCCAUGGCACUAAACGAAAAACGCAUUUUAGAAAAAGUUAACAGUAGUUUUGUAGUGAAUCUAGCCUAUGCGUAUGAGACGAAGGAUGCUCUGUGUUUAGUACUGACCAUAAUGAAUGGAGGAGACCUGAAGUUUCACAUCUAUAAUAUGGGGAACUCUGGCUUUGAUGAGCAGAGGGCCGUCUUCUACGCAGCAGAGAUCUGUUCUGGGCUGGAAGACCUGCACCGUGAGAGGAUCAUCUACCGGGACUUAAAACCUGAAAACAUUCUUCUAGACGACCGCGGACACAUUCGUAUCUCUGACCUGGGACUAGCUGUCCAGAUUCCCGACUCGGAGACGAUACGAGGGAGAGUGGGCACCGUAGGAUACAUGGCCCCAGAGGUGAUCCAGAAUGAGUCCUACUCCUUCAGUCCUGACUGGUGGGGUCUGGGCUGUCUGGUGUUUGAGAUGAUCCAGGGUCAGUCGCCCUUCCGCCGGCGUAAAGAACGAGUGAAGAGAGAAGAGGUGGACAGACGAGUGCGAGAAGACCCCGAGGAAUACUCUGACAAGUUCUCUGAGGAGGCCAAGGAUAUCUGCAGACAGCUGCUGGCCAAAGACCCCAAAGCCCGUCUGGGGUGCCAGGGGCGGGGCGGUGUGGAGGUGAAAGCUCAUAUCAUCUUCAAGAACAUCAACUUCAAGCGCCUCGAGGCAGGCAUUCUGGAACCUCCCUUCAGUCCUGAUCCGCGGGCGGUGUACUGUAAAGAUGUUCUGGAUAUUGAACAGUUCUCUACAGUGAAGGGAGUCAACCUGGACCCCACAGACGAUGACUUCUACCACAAGUUUGUUACAGGAAGUGUCUCCAUCCCUUGGCAGAACGAGAUGAUUGAGAUGGAGUGUUUUAAGGAGAUCAACGUCUAUGAGACCGAGGGCCUGCUGUGUUCAGAUCUGGAUGUGAACAGACCCAACCCACCGCCAAAGAGAGGAUUCUUCUACAGGCUGUUCAGACGAGAGGUCUGUUUAAAGAGUGGCUACGAAGACGAAGAGCACGAGAAGCCUUCCCGACUUUAAACCACUCCUGCUCC